AUGCGAUAUCGCGGCGAGGCCAUGACAUCUCCGCAGACUCCGUCGCGUCGAUGCUGGUAUAUGGUAUCUUCAGCUGUUUUAUACUUGGCGGAGUCUGGGUUUUCUCCUUUCCUAUUGCUUCUGGAACAGUACGACGAGCGUGGACCUGUCAGUCUUUACGUCGACAAGUUUGCGCGCCUCCUUGCGACAUUCGUCGAGUGCGUUCAUAACGUCUGGCGCAUUGCUCUUCAGAAUGUUGAACGAACCAAAUCUAUGCCUGUUGGGUGCUUCUUCGCGUCGUCAACCAGCUCCUGGCUCUCGUAG